CCUGCUCAGCUCAACGUCAGCGUCAGCCUUGCUUACCUCCCCGCACGUCCGUCGCUUCGAGCCUUGGACGCCGCCGACAGACGGGACAACCCGGAAGAAACGACGGCAUCGGCGAGCAUCGCGAGACCAGGCAAGAUUGAUUCGGACGAGCGCCUCGAGGAGCAGCCCAUGAUCCACGGGCACGGGCACGGCCGCGUCCUCCCGGUGGCGUCGAGCUCGGACUUCUCCGGCGAGAUGAACCAAUCCGCACACUCCUCCUCCGACCCCUCCUCCAGCCCACUCUACAGCUUCCACUUCGAGAAGCCCUUCCCGCCGCCCCCUCCUCCGCCGCCGCAGCCCGGCGCUUACGUGGUGCAGGUGCCAAAGGACAAGGUCUUCCGCGUCCCCCCGCCCGAGAACGCGCACCUCUUCGAGCACUACACCCGCCGCGCCAAGCGCCGCAGCCGCUGCUCCUGCGUCCGCGUCUGCACGUGCCUGCUGGCGGCGGUCCUCGCGCUCGCCGUCCUCCUCGCCGCCCUCGCCGGCGUCAUGUACCUGGUCUUCAGGCCCAAGCGGCCGGCGUACUCCGUCCAGGCGCUCGCCGUGUCAGGCCUCGGUGGCAUCGGAAACGCCUCCGCCGCGGGCCCGUUCUCGCCGGCUUUCGACGCGACCGUGCGCGCCGACAACCCGAACGGCAAGAUCGGCGUGCACUACGACGGCGACGCGAGCCACGUCUCCGUGUCGUACGACGGCGUCGUCCUGGCCGACGGCGCGUGGCCGUCGUUCUACCAGGAGCCCCAGAACGUGACGGUGUUCGUGGCGAAGGAGAAGGGGUCCGGGAUACGGUUCUCGCAGAGCGUGCGCGGGCAGAUGGCCGCGGCGGAGCGGCUCCGUUCGGUGCCGUUCGACGUGGGCAUCGAGGUGCCCGUGCGGCUGCAGCUCGGCAAGGUGAAGGCGUGGGCCGUGCCCCUGAGGGUGCGGUGCACUGUGGCGGUCGACAGGCUCGCCGCCGACGCGAAGGUGGUGUCCAGGUCGUGCGACAUGAAGGGGAUCCUGUUCUGGUGGAACUGAGCAAGUAACAUGUUGGUGGAUUAGAAGGCAUUUCUUGAGACCAAUGGAUUCUUGCUGAUUCCAUCCAUGAUACAUUUUCCCUCUGCUCAUUUGUAAGUCGAUUUAAUCGAGUAAUCUGAAUCAUAUCGUGCAUGCUGCGACUGCGAAAACGUGCUGCAGUUUGAGGCGUCGAUGAUUUGCACCUUCGUUCUUUCGCCGAAGACUGAAGAAAUUGUUGUUGGUCCUUGUUUGUGUUACUACCUCAACUGGGCAGCUGAAAAACCAGAUCUUGAAACUGAGUUCAGGCCUUGGUGACAUGAUUUCCAGUACACUUUCAAACAUCCGUCUGUUGGAUAUCCAAGACGAUAGACGAGUAUUAUUUUGCCUGAUUCCUAAAAAAAGAACUCACCAUACCUGAAUAUUUAGUAAA